AUGUAUGUGUCGACUCAGAUUAAGACGUACUCGUGGGACAACGCACAGGUCGUUCUGGCGGCGAACAAGUGCGACAUGGACGAGGAGCGCGUGGUCUCAGUGGACAGUGGCAGGCUUCUGGCAGAACAGCUCGGUUUUGAGUUCUUCGAGACGAGCGCCAAAGACAACAUCAACGUGAAGCAGACGUUCGAGCGCCUGGUGGACCUGAUCUGUGACAAGAUGUCGGAGAGCUUGGACAGUGAUCCCGCCGUGACCUCCGGAGCUCCCACGGCCAAACUGACCGACAGCGCCCCCCCUCUGCAGCAGCAGGGGUGCAACUGUUAG